AACAAACUAUUACUCAAUAUAAAAAAUGAUUCCAAAUUGAAAAUCAUACAAAUUGCUAGUCAACGUUAAUGACUUUAUUGUUAAACUCCUUUGCAUUUCCGCUUUGACCAGAAAUUGUGGUUUGAUCAAAAAUUGUUUUUUCUUAUUACGUUACGUUAUGCUCUAUGGAAAAUCAAUCGAAAUGAAAAAGCUUUAUAUACGCCACAAUUGCUAUCAUUUCAGUCAGUAAAUUAUACAAAUGGGAAAGAGAUGUUGAUCGCAAAGGGAUUUAUUUUUGUGAUUGUAUACAUUUCUAUUGAAGUUGAUUGCAGUAUAACACCAAAUGAAGAUACAAUCGAUUGGGAAAAGAUUAAACCUGGCGAUCUUUUGUAUUCCUUGGACACUUUUAUUUCCGGGCAAAAGCAACCUUCUAAUUUUAACAACAAUAACUCGCAAAUGAGCAAAGAAAAAUCUAACGGACAAACAGUUCUAAAUCGCAGCGCUGAAAGGAACAUACCUCUACAAAGAAGAGCUGAUGUUGUUUCGCCUGAAGUUCAGCCAUAUGACUACGAUACUGCAUAUGAGUCAUUUGUUCAGAAAUAUUUUGGAGAUUCCACUAAAGCCAAUUCAGACAGUACAAGCACAGAGAACUAUGAUAAGGACAGCAACGACAGUGGUGUGGAAAAUCUCUCUGCAGAAGAAAGCGAAGAGGGAGGUGAUGAAAUUCCUCUUACCGAAGAAUCGAAAUUCUAUAACAAAGACGAACGUUGUGAAAAUGUUAUAAAAAAUCACAGCAAUUGCAGAAUUUGUACAAAUAAAAAUGGUGAAACAUCGGAGAACUGUUCUUAUAACAGACAGUCUGCACCUAAAAGUUUUGCAAUAAAAAUUGAAAAUAAGUAUCGCAAACAGCGUAAACUCUUGCCAAGCGAAAGUGUGGAGAAUUCCUUUGAAAAGACAUCAAGGUCGGAUGAUAGUGCUGUACCAACAUGUACACAAAAACGCAGCCGAGAAAGUGUAUGUUACCACUGUGAAACGUCGGUGGGCGAAAAUACAAUUCAUUGCUAUAGCGAUACUACCCAACACAAAACAGAUUCGAUGAAAGAGGAAAAUAAGGAAAACACCCAUAAACGUAUCUACAAGCGAACCGUAAUGUAUACAUAUGAAAAUGUGACACGACCACCCUUAUCGACUCCGUCGUCAUCCAUUGAUGAUAAGCAUGAUUUAUUGGCAUAAAGAGUCAUGCGAACA